AUGCAUACGCUCAUGCUUACGCAACCAGGUCCGCUGCUGGAGGAGGGCAUCGAUCACAAAGACGAUUGGAGUGGACUUUCAGACCCCAAGUCUAGAAGAAAGAUCCAGAAUCGACUGAACCAACGAGCUCGGCGUCGACGCAAAGAUCCUGGAAAAUGGACACCACUGCGAUCAAAAAUGGACGAUAUUGCGCAAGGACACCAAAUAACGGCAGCUCCGACUGCGAGACUCGGCAGAUUCCCAUCUCUUGCUGAAGGGCCAUAUCCAUUCCCAAGAACGAAGCCCAUAGUGUCGGCGUGGAAGGGAGGUUACUAUUUCCCUCUAUCAUGCGACCAUUUGAUGCAUUUGAUCCAGUUCAAUGUCUGGCGUGCGAUCUUGAGCAACAUGGUCAUGCUCCGCCUCACUCACCUUUUCGACUGUGAAGAUGAGACACCCGAAGCGAUGAGCAUCUCGAAACUCCCCCACCCCUUUGCCGUUCCGCCACUACUCGAACCUACGGUGCUGCAAAGGCAGGUGCCACAUCCGCCCUAUGUUGAUUUGUUCCCCUUACCUGGUCUCCGAGACACCUUGAUUCUGGCAGACGGGAUGUACGAUGACUGUGAGCUUUGUAUCGACUUGCUUGGCUCCAUAGCCGACCCACAGGUCCAGGGCUACUCGAAGGCCGAGGAGGACGGAGAGGAUGCUCGAAAAGGCCUUGUGGUAUGGGGUGAGCCGUGGAGAGUCGAUUCCUGGGAAGUUGAAGAAGGAUUCGUCAAGAAAUGGGGAUGGAUGCUCAAGGAGAACUGCGAACCACUUCUCCGAUCGACCGACAAGUGGAGAGAACUGAGAGGCGAUGAACCUCUAAGGUGGAAGGACUUGGGACUUUGUCCAUGA